UUGAUAGAUUUUGAGGACCUAAAUCUUUCAUUAGAACUAGAGGGUCCCUUAUUAUUGUUAGAGAGUAAAAGUUCCCUCAUCCAGACCCUAACCGCCCGCCGUCCUUCAUACACAUCCGAAACCCACCUCGUCGGCGGCGGGCUCUCCGGCGAUGGAGGUGGAGGAGCUAUUCCCACCCUCCAAGAAUCCCCGCCGCGCCCGGCGCCGGGACCUCAACGUGCUGGAUCCCAGUCAGGAGUCGUCCGAUGGAGAGGAUAUUGGUGUUCCAGAAGUUGGCAUGGUGUUCAAUAAUCACACAGAAGUCAACCGAUUCUACCGCAAGUAUGCCCGCCGUGUUGGCUUCGGUGUCUCAGUAAGGAGGUCCUCAUUCUCACAAGAAGGAACCUGCUUAUAUCUCGAGCUUAUGUGCUGCAAAGGAGGGCGGCCACGUUAUGAGCCAAAGUUCCGGAAACGGGCCUCAUCAACCACUAACUGCCCUGCCAAGAUUCGAGUGAAGUUAUGGGGAGACAAAUUGUUGCAUGUAGAGUUGGCGAUCCUUGAUCAUAAUCAUCCAGUGAGCCCAGCAAUGGCGAGGUUCUUGAGCUCUUAUAAGCAGCUCUCUGGCCCUGCAAAGAGGCGGCUGCGUAUGGGUGGCCCUGGAGCCAUGCCAGUUGAAGAGCCAAGCAAGAUGCCUGUGGAUAAAUUGGGGGAACUUGAGGAGCUUUUGUUUGGAGAGAGCAAGCACCACAGUUUUGUGGAGAGGGGCCGUUUAAAGCUCCAACCUGGAGAUUCGGAGGCCCUUCGGCUUUUCUUCACUCGGAUGCAGGCCAAAAAUGCGAACUUUUUCAAUGUUAUUGACUUGGAUGAUGAGGGCUGUGUCAGGAAUGUUUUCUGGGCAGAUGCACGGUCAAGGGCUAUGUAUGAGUAUUAUAACGAUGUCAUCACACUUGAUACUUCCUAUGUGGUUAGUAAAUAUGAUAUGCCUCUUGCAACAUUCAUUGGAGUGAACCAUCAUGGCCAAUCUGUCUUGUUGGGGUGUGGCCUGCUUUCUGAUGAAACAGCAGAAACCUAUUCAUGGCUAUUUAAGGCUUGGAUAGCAUGUAUGUCUGGCAAUCUUCCAAAGGCUAUCAUCACUGACUGUUGUAGGGGCAUCCAAAGUGCUGUUGCUGAGGUUAUUCCUGGAGUCCGUCAUCGAAUGUGCUUGUUUCAGAUAAUGAGGAAGGCUGCAGAAAGAUUAGGUGGGCUGUCGGAGUAUAGAGCUAUCAGCAAGGCAAUGCAAAAGGCUGUAUAUGAUUCUUUAACCAUAGAUGAGUUUGAAGAAGGUUGGAACUCUUUGAUUACAUAUAAUGGGAUUCAGGGUAAUGACUGGAUAAGAUCACUUCAUGAAUGUCGAUCUUCAUGGGUUCCUGUCUUUAUUAAAGAUACAUUUUGGGCAGGAAUGUCUGCUACACAAAGAAAUGAAACUAUCACUCCUUUUUUCGAUGGAUAUGUGGAUUUAAAAACCACUCUGAAGCAAUUUCUCGGCAAGUAUGAGAUGGCUUUGCAGAGCAAAUAUGAGAAGGAGGCCCAAGCAGAUUUUGAGACAUUUCAUAAGCAACGUCCACCAGUAUCAAAAUUCUAUAUGGAAGAGCAGCUAUCAAAGGUAUACACCCAUAAUAUGUUCAAGAAGUUCCAAGAUGAGAUUGAAGCCAUAAUGUACUGCCAUGUAUCUUUAAAUAAUGCUGAUCGAGAGACCUUCACGUUCAAUGUCAAGGAAUGUAUUUUCCUUGAAGACGGUAAAAGGGCUAUGAGUAAGAUUUUUGCAGUGACAUACAACGCGGAAGAAAAGGAUAUAAAGUGUAUCUGUGGAGGUUUCCAAUUCAGUGGCAUACUAUGUAGGCAUAGUCUCUCAAUGCUCAAGUUUCAACUGGUUCGUGAAAUUCCUCCACACUAUAUUCUUGAUAGGUGGAAAAAGGAUUUUAGACAGUUGCAUGUGAUGGGACGCCCUUCAAGUGACGUUGUCCCCAACAAUCGCGUGGAUCGGUAUGACUAUUUGUCGAUGAGAUGCCUGCAGCUUGUUGACUCUGCAGUCCUAUCAGAUAAAUACCGCCUUGCUUUGAGGUUGGUGAAGGAGAUGGAGAAAUUUCUGUUAAAUAGCAACACACAUGAUGAUACACAGCCAAGGAUCAAGUCUCGCAUUCCGAAAGCAAAUAAACCAAAUACAGUGACUGGUCAAAAUCUGGUGGAUGCAGCAACUGACAAUGGAAAUGAUGGGAUCAAAGGACCAGAGGCUUCUGCAGCCAUGCCAGCAUUACAAGUCCAAAAGGGAGGAGCAGAAAAAGCUAUAGUUCCUACUGGCUACAUUGGAGUGCCAGCUAAUGUCCAGCAAUUUGUAGGCAAUCAAGCAGCAAUACGGCCCAGCAUUGUGUACAUGGUUCCAAGUGGUGUCAGCCCGCAUGCUUUUGGAAAUGGUGUUUUGAUGCCGGUGAUGUACCAGCAGAUGUUCCAGGUACCCCAGAAGCCAAAUGAAACUGUGCAAGAUACUUCAACAGAUGGAAAAAAGAAGCGACCUCGUGGCCAGAAGCUGACAGAGACAUCUCAACAGUCAAAUGGAGGACCAGGACCUUCAUCUGGCUAAGGAGACUACUCACAUUUAGAACAGGACUUCUGUAAAUUAUGUGGAUUUGCUGCCAGGAGGAAUUUUACAUAGGUGUGCUGCCACUAGGAAAGAAAUGGAGCUGACCAAAAGUGCCAAUCUUCAUUUGGAUCAUCCUGGAAUUGAGUGUAGAAGUCAGUUUCAACUCAUUUAAUUUUUUUGCCGAUUCCGGCAACAUUAGUUGCAUCCAAGUUAACUUUAGACCGUCAGUGGCUCCAGUGUGAAGUACAGCAUUUCCUGAUAAUAUGUAAAUGAUUGGAUUAGCCUUAUCAUGACUCAUGAACA